UGCGUCAGUCAGAGGGGCCCCAGCUGAGCUUGGGGCAGACAUGGCGGCAGCUCUGGUGCUGGUCUGGACUUAUCUUCUCAUAGGACUCCUGUCUGAAUUUGGAGGUAUUGGCGCUCAGCAGAUGCUGCACCCUCUCAUCGGCAGAGUCUUCAUUCAUACGUUGGAGCCCUCCAGUUUUCUGGAUUUGCCUGACACAGAUCCCAGACCUAAUACGCUGGUUACCUUUCAUGCCCACCUACUGGGGCAUCCAGACUUGCCUCGAUGGCUCCGCUAUACCCAGAGAAGUCCCAGUCAUCCUGGUUUUCUCUAUGGGACCCCUACACUUGAAGACAGAGGCCAACAAAUCAUUGAGGUCAUAGCCUAUAACAGAGAGAGCUUUGAGACAACCCGACAGAGAUUGGUACUGCUGAUAGGGGAGCCUGAAGGCCCCUCACUUCCAUAUGAGGCUGAGUUUCUGGUACAAAGUCACGAUGUUGAAGAGGUGUUGCCCUCACCCAUUGGUCAACGCUUUUUGACUGCCCUCGGUGGACUCUGGGUGCCUGGAGAACUACAGUUACUCAACAUCACUUCUGCACUGGAUCGAGGGGGUCGUGUCCCUCUUCCCAUUGAAGGCCGGAAAGAGGGGGUUUACAUCCAAGUGGGUUCUUCUAGACCCUUCUCCACCUGCUUGAAGGUGGUAGGGUCCCCUGCCAGUCAUGAUCGCUGCACCCAGGGCCAGCCACCACUUCUGUCCUGCUAUGACAGCUUCGUACCCCACUUCAGAGUCGACUGGUGCAAUGUGUCCCUGGUGGAUAAAUCAGUUCCUGUACUACCUGGGCCAGUGCCCACCUGGGGCGAUGGCAUUUUGGAGCAUGAUCCCUACUUCUGCCCCCCAACAGAGGCACCUGAUCGAUACUUCCUGACGGACGCCCUGAUAACCCUCCUGGUACCCUUGCUGGUGGCCCUACUUCUUACCCUGAUUCUGGCUUACAUCAUGUGCUGCCGAAGGGAGGGCGUGUUGAAGAGAAACCUUGCUACCUCUGACAUACAGAUGGUUCAUCACAGCACCAUUCAUGGCAACACAGAAGAACUGCGGCAGAUGGCAGCAAACCGUUCAGUGCCUCGGCCUCUGUCCACCUUGCCCAUGUUCAAUGUGCGCACAGGUGAGCGGCUGCCUCCCUGUGCUGACAUUGCUCAGGUGCCCCUCAUUCUGGACCAGCACUGAGAGAGGACUUCUGCUCUGUCCAGGGAAUGGCCACAUCCCAUCUGAGGAAUCCAGCUGCUCUUGAGAUGAAUCACUUACAAAGGGCCAUGCAGGGAUAUGGGCUGCAGCCAGGGUGUGGGAAGUGGAAGGGGCCAAGAGGGAAUCAAAGAAAUAGAGAAAAUAAAUUCACCCAUCUGCAGGUGACUAUGGGCUCCAUCUUUUUUAGAAAUCUAAUUCCUCAUGUCUACCUCAUCUGAUUUCUUAGUUCCCUUUCUGGCACCUGGGAAUGGUUGGAGAUCCCAAUGUUUGUGCUAUGGAGAAAUAAUGGAAUUUCCAAGGAAUAGGUUUUCUCAUAUCUGCAAUUUCUGUAUUCUUUAAGCUUGACUCCAAGAUCUAUUUAUUCUCCAUAGAGAGUUGCUAUUCUCCAAAAUUCUCUACUCCAAAGAUUUUUCACCUUUUUUUUAGUGUCAUGGAUUCUUGGCAAGCUAUGAACUCUUCAAAAUAGUGUAGAUCUUUAAAAAUCCAUAACUGAAGGAAAUUUAAUUUUGGUUAGAGGUUAGUAAGAAAGAAAAAUAAUCUCAUUUUCUCCCCCAUCCAAGUUCACAG